UAUACAACUAUACAUCGACGUAAAAAAUGAUGUAGACGCAUUUCAAGUUCAAACGUGUGUUUCUAAAGCGUUUCAGUGACUUGAAAAUAAAUCAUAUCACUUGUAGUUAUCUACUAACACAACAUUCUAUAAAUGCAUCAACUUUUUGACGUUACAUUUCUCUAAACUACCAAGUACCAACCCUUUUUUAUUUUAUGGUUCGCCAAAUCUCAUGAUGAAUAGCAAACCGUACGUCCUCGUAUAAACAAGGUCUAAUGGAUUCACAGUUUCACACUUUGUAGUUGCCAAACUUAUCUUCUUCUUUUUCUCGAGUAAUUAAAAUAUUCAGGUCAAGGUUUUGAAUCGAGUAGUGGUUCUCCCAAAGGAUUUAAUAAACAAAAGGUCGAAGCUGUUUCUUCAUGUGGUUUGAUCAAAUCAGGACCUUUAAUUAAGCCGCUCUCUGCUGCUUACUUUCAGCCUCUCUUCUCUAUAAGAACACUCCCUCCACUUCUCUCAAAUCAAAAUACAAAUAAAUCUAAAAAAACAAAAUACUCUUUUCUUUUCUCAAGAGGUUAGCAUCUUGAAGAACAAGAAACAUGUCACGAGUCCUAGUGAUUUUCAUCGUUCUUGUCUCUGUUUCCGCGGUUUCAGCAGCAAAGAAAGGUGCUUAUGAUGCAGCUUCAACGAACUACAAGGUGUUGUCUCCACUUGGCUCGGGCCAAGAGCGAGUUCGAUGCUUGGCCAGAGGAUACUGUAACGAUAAGAUCCUCACUUGUCCCAAGGAAUGCCCCCAAAGGAAACCUCAGAUGAACAAGAAGGAAAAAGCCUGUUUCAUCGAUUGUAGCAGCAAAUGUGAAGUCACAUGCAAAUGGAGGAUAGCAAACUGCAAUGGAUAUGGUUCUUUAUGUUACGAUCCAAGAUUUGUAGGAGGAGACGGAACGAUGUUCUACUUCCACGGAAACAAAGACGGGAACUUCGCCAUCGUCUCUGACGAGAAUCUUCAAAUCAAUGCACAUUUUAUCGGUACAAGACCUGCUGGUAGAACCAGAGACUUCACAUGGGUUCAAGCCUUCUCAGUCAUGUUCGAUACUCACAACCUAGUCAUCGCUUCCAAGAAGGUUUCCUCUUGGGACGACUCUGUAGACUCUCUUGUCGUGAGAUGGAACGGGGAAGAAGUUGAAGUUCCGACAGGAGGUGAAGCAGAGUGGAGAAUCAAUCUUGAAGAAAGGGAAGUUGUUGUUGAGAGAACAGAUGUGAGGAAUAACGUGAGAGUCACGGUAUCUGGGAUUGUUCAGAUGGAUAUUAAGGUUAGACCAAUAGGGAAAGAGGAAGACAGAGUUCAUAACUAUCAGUUGCCUGAAGGUGAUGUCUUUGCUCAUCUUGAGACUCAGUUCAAGUUCUUUAGCUUGAGUGAUCUCGUUGAGGGUGUUUUGGGAAAAACAUAUCGGCCUGGAUACGUUAGUCCGGUUAAGAUUGGAGUCCCUAUGCCAAUGAUGGGUGGAGAAGACAAGUAUCAGACUCCUUCUCUGUUCUCACCUCUCUGUAAUGUCUGCAGGUUCCAAGGCAAACCUGGUCCUGGUGUGGCUAAGUACUAAAUGUUCAAAGAUCUGUUUGUUUUUUGUUAAUCGAAAUGUGUUUACAUUGUAGUGUUUAAGCAUCGUUAAAUCGAGAUGUUCUGUGUCUUUUUGUUUUUAUUUGGAUUCAAUACCUAAUAAGAAUGAUUUUCUUCUGUUUUGUUU